AUGGGUCGAGGCUUCGGGCGCGGAGCCAAGAGUGUUGCCAUCGUCACACACGCUCAGGCUUGCAACGCUGGCAAGAAAACACCCAAAGGCCUCCGCGGUACCCGUCAACGCAAGCGUCAGAAGUUCCUCAAUCGCAAUAGCGAGCAGGUCCAACUAGAGGAGUCGCUAGGGCUCGCGAAGCCAGAGAAGCAUGCCCCGAAGAAUCUUGCACAGGAAAUCGCCUCGGUUCAGUUCGCACACGUAGUAAAUAAGCGUGAGAAGGGUCUCAAGCAUCUCCGCAAGCAGAUCAUGGGUGCUGUGAAAGAUGUUCGCCGACGCCACGCUGAUAAAGCUCGCAGAAAGAGCAAAAGGUAG